AUAGCCCAACCACACCCGUCAGCGAGAAGAACACAGUGCACGUGGAAUAGCUUAACUUGUGAUGUCCAGUACAGACGAGGAAAAUGAACACCAUCUGGUCAUGGCCACUUCCGGUGAGCAGUCUGUGGGUCACGUGGCCACUUCCGGUGAGCAGUCUGUGGGUCGUGUGGCCAUUUCCGGUGAACAGUCUGAAGGACAUAUGGCCACUUAUGGUGAGCACUCUGUAGGUCACGUGGCCACUACCGGUGAACAGUCUGAAGGACAUAUUGCCACUAAUGGUGACCAUCCUUCAGGGGUCUCCCAGGUGGCCAACACUCUGAACAUCAUCACUGGACAGGCCGGACAAGGAACACUUGGGAGAGGUACGCUUGAUUUGCGCACAGAUGAAGCGAAGAAGGUUUUUCUUCCAACUAAACCCUACAAAGACAUGAAACGAAAAUUGAAGGAAUUUGGACAUGUGACCAUCUGCGGGGCUUCAGGAGAAGGCAAGACAACGAUGGCUCUUGUGUUAGGGUCACAGUAUAGAUGCAAAGGCUAUGAGGUCGUGUUUGUGGACAACAUUGAGAAGUUUGACUUAGACCACUGUCUUAGUAGACACCCCAGAGUAUUCCUCAUAGUAGAUGACAUGUUUGGUACUGUUGGAUUAUCUGCGAAUACGACACAGGUGAAAUCCUUUCUAAACAACCUUCUUCCUCAUCUAGAACAAAAGCGGACAGCACAAACAUUGCAGCCAGAAAUGCAUGAAAGCACUGCUGCUGUUGAUAAAUCCAGAAAGAAAGUGCAGAGUCAACCAGAAUGUCAAACAAAGGAUAUUCGUGUGAUCUUCACAUCAAAGUCGUACAACUUCCAUGAUGGACUUGCAAAACUGCAGUAUGAGGGUUUCAAACUGUUUAAAGGUCAAACUGUAAUGGAUUUAACCACACAAGAUAAAUACUGGCUUUCUGACAAAGAGAAGAAGAAAAUAUUUGAACGACAUAGGAAUGCUCUUGGUGACUGCUCCAUGCAACAUAUACCUGAUUACAGUGAGCUGGAAAUCUGUUCAAAUGUCUUUGGAUUUCCUCUUAUUUGUAAACUUUGUUUUGAAUUUUCAUCUUUCUACAAAAAUGCAAAAUCUUUUUUCAAGGAACCUCUGUUUUAUCUCAGGCUAGAACUAAAGCAUUUGCUUGAAGAAAGAAAUGACCGAUCAGCCAUUCUUGUUCUGAUGCUACUGUGUGAAGACAAAUUGGACCUGACCAAGUUAGACAGUGAAGGUGAGGAUAAGGAAAUGGACAGCCUGGUCAAAACUGUUUUACAGCUGAUGUCUGACGCUACACGUUCAGGCAUGUACAAAGCAGCUAAAGGUUUGAGAGGUACAUUCUUCACAAGAGGAGACACUGUUGGAUUUGCUCAUUCUUCAAUCUAUGAUGCUUGUGCCUGUGCCUUGUACAAUAUCAGUCCAAUCUUUGUUUUGAAGCACUGCAGUGAUGACUUUCUGUUUGAAAGGGUGCAAGGUGAAAAGGUUGAAGAAACCAAAGUUGAUGAUUAUCUCCAUUUGAUAUAUGUCUCAGAGAAUUAUGAUAAUGUACUUACCACAAGGUUUGCACAGUCUAUCAAACAAGGACAGUUUUCUAAAUCAGUGUCACAUCCAAUUCUCAAACAAGACGCCACAGUUUUCAAGCUGCUCAACAAACUUCAGUGUGAUCGGACAAAACAGCUUCAUCAGCAUAAUCAAACUGAUUCUGAGGAAGAACCUUGGUUUCACAAGAAAGAGAAAGGACUAUGUUUUCUGUACUGGGCAGUUCUUGGACAUAAUGCACGUCUAGUUACAGAUAUGGAACACACAACUGGAGAAGAGUUCACCCAAGGAGAGAUCAGUGAGGCCAUGGAAGGAUGUGCACAAAGCAACAACGUGACAGCAUUGAAAUGGCUGUUCAGCAGGAGUGAGAAACAUGACCAUCAGUUGACACUGAACAGACUUUUGUUGGUAGCUGCUGUAAAUGGCAACUCUGACAUACUAGUGUAUCUGCUGCAGGAAGGCGCUGAUAUUAACACAAGUGACAAAAACAUGCAAAACAUCUUCCAUCUUGUCAGUAAAUCUGGAAUAGAAAAAACCCUGAAAGUCCUGUUAACCAGGAAACCUGGGAAUAAUGUUAUAAACUCUGUUGAUGUGAAUGGCAGGACCCCUGUCAUGGUUGCAGCACACACAGGAUCAGAGGGAUGUUUUAAGUUACUGCAGACAAUAUCAAACUUGAAUUUGAAAGACAAAUAUAGCUUCGAAAUCAUUCAUCUUGCCUGCAUUGGUGGUACCAAGGCUAUAGUACAACAUGUCCUGUCUCCUUCUAACAUCAACAGUAGAGGGAGGCAUGGAUGCACACCAGUAAUGGUGGCAGCUGUCAGUGGACAUCAAAGUGUGUUUGACCUCCUUGUGUCCAACCAAGCUUACCUCACACUGGUGGAUACAGAUGAUAAUAGUUUACUUCAUCUUGCCUGUCGUGGUGGAAACACUGCUAUAGUACAACAUGUCCUGUCUCCUUCUAACAUCAACAGUAGAGGGGGGCAUGGAUACACACCAGUAAUGGUGGCAGCUGUCAGUGGACAUCAAAGUGUGUUUGAUCUCCUUGUGUCCAACCAAGCUGACCUCACACUGGUGGAUACAGAUGGUAAUAGUUUACUUCAUCUUGCCUGUCUUGGUGGAAACACUGCUAUAGUACAACAUGUUCUGUCUCCUAAUAUCAACAGUAGAGGGAUAAAUGGAUACACACCAGUAAUGGUGGCAGCUUUCAAUGGACAUCAAAGUGUGUUUGAUCUCCUUGUGUCCAACCAAGCUGACCUCACACUGGUGGAUACACAUGGUAAUAGGUUACUUCAUCUUGCCUGUCGUGGUGGAAACACUGCUAUAGUACAACAUGUUCUGUCUCCUUCUAACAUCAACAGUAGAGGCAGACAUGGAUACACACCAGUUAUGGUGGCAGCUGUCAGUGGACAUCAAAGUGUGUUUGAUCUCCUUGUGUCCAACCAAGCUGACCUCACACUGUUGGAUACAGAUGGUAAUAGUUUACUUGAUCAUGCCUCUCAGGGUGGGGACACUGCUAUAGUACAACAUGUCCUGUCUCCAUCUAACAUCAACAGUAGAUGCACACAUGGAUACACACCAGUAAUGGUGGCAGCUGUCAGUGGACAUCAAAGUGUGUUUGACCUCCUUGUGUCUAACCAAGCUGACCUCACACUGGUGGAUACAGAUGGUGAUAGUUUACUUCAUCUUGCCUGUGAGGGUGGAAACACUGCUAUAGUACAACAUGUCCUGUCUCCUUCUAACAUCAACAGUAGGGGGACGUAUGGAUUGACACCAGUAAUGGUGGCAGCUUUCAAUGGACAUCAAAGUGUGUUUGACCUCCUUGUGUCCAACCAAGCUGACCUCACAUUGGUGGACAAAGAUGGUAAGAGUUUACUUCAUAUUGCCUGUCGUGGUGGAAACACUGCUAUAGUACAACAUGUUCUGUCUCCUUCUAACAUCAACAGUAGAGGGACGCAUGGAUACACACCAGUAAUGGUGGCAGCUGUCCAUGGACAUCAAAGUGUGUUUGAUCUCCUUGUGUCCAACCAAGCUGACCUCACACUGGUGGAUACAGAUGGUUAUAGUUUACUUCAUAUUGCCUGUCAGGGUGGGAACACUGCUAUAGUACAACAUGUCCUGUCUCCUUCUAACAUCAACAUCAGAGGCAGACAUAGAUUGACACCAGUAAUGGUGGCAGCUGUCAGUGGACAUCAAAGUGUGUUUGACCUCCUUGUGUCCAACCAAGCUGACCUCACACUGGUGGAUACAGAUUGUAAUAGUUUACUUUAUCAUGCCUGUUAUGGUGGAAACACUGCUAUAGUGCAACAUGUUCUGUCUCCUAAAAUCAACAUUCGAGGGACGCAUGGAUGCACACCAGUAAUGGUGGCAGCUGUCAGAGGACAUCAAAGUGUGUUUGAGCUCCUAAUGUCCAACAAAGCUGACCUCACACUGGUGGAUACAGAUGGUCAUAGUUUACUUCAUCUUGCCUGUCGUGGUGGAAACACUGCUAUAAUACUACAUGUCCUGUCAUGGAUACACACCAGUAAUGAAGGCUGUAUUCCAUGGACAUAAAGAUGUGGUCGACCUCCUUGUGCAGCACAAAGCUGACCUCACACUUCUAACAGACAGUAAUGAGGACAUUGAAUGUGUAGCUCAUAUGGGUUGACACCCAACACUUACCAGUUAUCUUCAAACUGUGAACCAUCCACACUGAUUAAAUAUCGUCCUAUCAAACAAAUCCACAGGACUGUUCUUUCCCAUGCUAUACGUGCACCUUCAAGUGCGGAUACACCGGUACGGAAAAGGAAAGAUGCAGAGCCUUUUAAAGAAAUAAAUGCUUUCACAGGAUUCAGGAAACAAUGUGCAUUUGAAAGACAACAAUUAUGCAAUCGUUUCCAUGACUGAGUAGCGAAGCAAAUCAAACUGGCUAAUGAAAAUCAAGGGCGGGUAAUUUGUGAUCACGAGUUUUGUGUUUUGGGGACAGGUGGUAAAGACACUGCAAGUGACAACAGAUCACGUUGACAAUAUGAUGAAGCAGAAUAGUUUGUUUCUGGAAAAUGACAUAUCGCAGGUGACUCAAAAACCUACACUUUUUAUUGUAUGGCAGGUUGUAAAUCUGAACAGAAUUGAAAUGACCUAAUAGAUAUGACUUUAAUGAGAUUACCAUUAUUGAUAUGUUGGCUGUAGGAGCAAAGUUUGUAACAUUUCCUAUUUAAAUUAGGCCGGUCAGGGUGCUGCUUAAUAUAUUUGCUUGGUUUUGAGGUUCGAGUCGCAAUUAGCUUUCUUGACACGCACUUUUGACAGGUAUUACAGACUUCAUAGCUUUAUACCCCUAGGAUGUUUUUACAUAUGAUUAGAUGACAUGAGAGGUUCAAAAAGCCUGUGUAUUUGAGUAUUUAUUAAUGGAAUUUCAUGUAUCUUAGUACAUGUGAUCUCUGAGGCGGGGGUCUCGAUCACAUUAACUUUUGGUGACCUACAUAUAAGGUGACCUCCAUAUAAGGUCAAGGUCACUAGAGGUCAAAUAAUGAAACAUGGUUCAAAUGUCUUGAAAUUUUGUAUAAACUCAUGAAAAAUCAAGGUUUAUAUAAUCAGUUAAGAUGGACUUUAUAACUCUGAACAAUAAACUCUCAUCAUACUCUGCAGCUAUGAUGCCUCUGAUGUAGUCAACAAUGUUUGUCCAUCAAAAUGACACCAUGAACAGGCCGUCUGGCUCAAAGGUCUGUCUCACAUAGGCGGUUCCUCGCCAUUUGGACUUAAUUCUUAAUCAAGCCUGGUACGGUGGAUGCUGGAGGUUGCCAUUGUGAACCUUUGCCAAAGUUGACAUACCCGAAUGUUGCGGUCUUGGGCUGUGGGGGUCAUCGUCCAGAUAAAGAGGUCACGUAAACGAAAACCCUGCACUUUCGUGGACCUUGUGUUCAUGUUUAACAUGCAGAUCACACACAUACAUGGUCACAUGGUUUGCGUUUUGGAGAAUUUGCAUGUUUGUAGUCUGUAUUUUGCCUUAAGGCAUCUGUAACAAUAGUGUUAUGUUUGGAUCACCAAAUACCUGUAUAUUCAUGAUUCAUGUGCGAUAUGGCUGAAAUAUUGCCGAUGUGACUUAAAAUUAACUCACUCACUCACUCACUCAUGAUUCAUGUAUCACAAUGUGUAAAAGUCCGACAUUGUAGCAGUUGUUGGUUGAAGUCAUUAGCACAUUUCAUUUUGUCUGUGUCUUUAAUCAAGGAAUUGUACUUUCAUUAAAAAUGUGUGUUCACAAUGUAUCUUGAACAUUUAUAUGUAAAUAGAACUUGACAAGACUUUAUUAACACAUCUUGAUCGUUCAUGGUUAAGAUUGAAGGUCAAGGUUAAUAAACCAGAUGUGCUUGUGAUGUAAGGCAGCUAGAGGCAUAGGACUUUCAAGAUUUCAAGGUUGUACUGCAUUGCAUGUGUUUUCCCAUAGUGAAGUUAUGUUAUAAAACAGAAGUGCUUAGACCUUGGUUAUUAUGGUAGAGUAGCAUGGGACUUUCUGUUUCAAAGUUGUACUGUACUGGGCAUGUGUGCAGUCAGUGCCUUAACUGAUGUCACUAUCAAAGUGGCAGGUUAUUAUGAUUUAAAGAUCUAUAAAGGUAUAUUUGAAAAAGUCUAACAAUAUCUGUACAUCUUGUAACCUUAAUGUUGUAGAAAAUGAGUAUCAUUUUAUGCUUGUGUGUAAACUUCUUCAAUUAAGAAACAAGUAUAUUCCAAAGAAGUUUACAUCUUACCUCAAAUAUUACUUUAUUACAAAAUAUUGCAUUGUACAUACACCAUGCAUUGUUAGUCAGAGGAAACACGCAUACCCUGUAAAUACGUGGAACUAUGGGCCUAUGGCCUUUCAGUUUGCAAUGAAAAAACAAUUUGAAUGUGUGCAGUCAGUGCCUUAACUGAAGUCACUAUAAAGUGAUUCACCAUAUAUGUUUUUGUUGGGAAAGUUCUGGGGCUUCAUGAAGAGGUUUGCAUGUAAUGCAAACACCUUUCCCGCUCAGCAUGUAUAAUCUGUAAUAUAUUCACUUGUAAAAUAAUUAUAUUUUUAAAUGAUUGAUUGAUGCAAUUAAUAUGAACAAGUUUCCUUUCAAGUUGUGUUAUGUUUACUUUUCAACGCUGGAAUAUGUGUGUCAUGACAUGUAAACUAUUUCUUGUGUGUAAGAGUAUUGUAUUAAUGCUUUUGUUUUCAAAAUGCUUGUAGCAUCUUGACAUUAAAUUAUUUAACUCAUGUUCACUUCUCAACAUCAAAAGCAUUCAUCAACAUGACAAAGAAUAAACUAAGUCAAAUCUCUCGGAAUCUGUGAUCAAACAACCAGUUAUUGAACAUGUUCAAGCAGGUUGAAUCAGAAUAUGUUGUCUGUGCAUCACUGUCAAUGUGUGUACAUCGUUCAAUUGUUUGCAUACAGAGUUUGUCAUAAUAAAUACUACUUGGCCAUGAA